UCAGUCCAGUGUAAAAGUUUAUGUGGAGAUGUCAGGUGUGAUAGGACAAGACAUACAGGGGAGUGUGGCCAUGGACAGCAUGACCACUACGGACAGUGCCGCCUCAAAGAAUGUGACAGAGACAGAUGCUUGGAGGACCUUAACACUGGAUCCGGGUGAGGAGUAUAAAAUGACCCGGAAAAGACGAGGACUUGCAAUUAUUUUCAAUCAAGAACACUUCUACUGGCGUAUGGGAUUGCCCAUAAGAUAUGGAACUAAUGCUGAUCGUUAUAAUUUAGAAAAAAGACUCAAAGCCUUGAAUUUUGAAGUCAAGGCUUAUGAAAAUUUAAAACAGAUGGAGAUAUUGGAUGUACUAAGUGAAGCUGCACAGUCCAACCACUCCGAUGCGGACUGCUUUAUGCUCAUCUUUCUGAGUCAUGGUGAACAAGAUCAUAUUUAUGCAUUUGAUGGAAAGAUCAGCAUUCAAGACGUGACUGCCAUGUUCAAAGGCGACAAGUGUCAGAGUCUUGCAGGAAAACCCAAAAUCAUCAUAUUGCAGGCGUGUCGUGGAGAUAAACACGAUAACCCUGUGAAACCUUGUGAUGAUGUGGACAAUGUGAUAAAAUCCAAUGAGGUGGUGGUCGAUGCCAGUGCUGUUCACACGUUGCCUGCAGGGGCAGACUUCGUCAUGUGCUACUCAGUUGCUGAAGGUUAUUAUUCCCAUCGAGAGACCGUUAAUGGAUCUUGGUAUAUUCAAGAUUUUUGUGAGCUGAUUGAUAAGUAUGGAGAUUCUCUUGAGUUCACCGAGUUGCUCACCCUGGUCAACAGGAAGGUGUCCAUGAGGAGUGUGUAUAACUGUAACGAUCGCAAUGCUAUUGGGAAGAAGCAGGUGCCUUGUUUUGCCUCGAUGCUCACCAAAAAGCUGUACUUUAGACCAAAACCAGCUGAAAAGUAAAGCAGAGAUGUUCCACAUUCCAGAUUUAAUACCAAAAUGUGCCUCCAUCAUGGAUGAAUCUACAUUGUAGCUGUCAUAUUAGGGAGUCUAUUUCACUUGACAAUAAGGUAGUUUUGGAGCAAAAGUGCUGACCAAUAUAAAUAUGCUGUACUUUUGAGAAUAAUUUAAGCAUGGUGAAAAGACUGUCCAGGUUAGUGUUUUAUUAGGGACAAUUAGCGAUGUGAUUGUGAAAGCCCCACAUCAUCAUAGCAUUUAAGUGUAAUGCCAUUGAAAAAAGGGAAUUACUGUAUUGUGUGUUUUAAUUCUGCAGCAUGUUAUGAUACUGUGCCAAGUGUGUUUAAAAAUGUCUUUGUAUAGAAUAAGAACCUCAGGGAACAUAGAUGAUUACGUAAGGUGAAUUUAGACCAAAGAUAUAAUUGAAUCAUCACUCAGGUGACACUACCAGUAAACAUUAGUUUGAAUUUGACAGUACAAUAAAAAUCUUUUACUUAAAUGUUUUAUUACAUUGUGGUUACUUAAGGAUUUGAUUUUGCUAAUUUGACAUGUAAGAUUGAUAAUAAUGGGACUGUAACUAUAAUGAACCACAGAACAGAGUA